UGGGGGAGAAAGGCCUCAAAUCGUUGAUGCCCUUGAGAGCAUUUGAGAGCCAUGAGCAUGGCCCGCCGCGCUUUGGCGUGCUGCCUCCUCCUGGCAAAACCAGACCGCUGUGGAGCUGAGUGCGCCGUAGACCUGCUGCAGCGGAAGCUGGACCUUGAGCUCUCAGCUCCUUCGGUGCCUCACGUGCUGAUGAUCGUGGCGGACGACCUGGGCUGGGCCGACCUGAGGUCCAGGCGGCGUGCCGAGACGGCCCAGGAGGCCCAGGGCUGGGCGGAGACCCACACGCCGAACCUGGACAAGCUGCGUGCAGAGGGCGUGUCGUUGGAGCGGCACUACACCACGAGCAGCUCCCCCCCUUCGAGGUGUUCCUUAUGGAGCGGCCGCUUGCCCACGCACGUCACGCACGGAGACUUGUCGGUGAACCACCAGAUGCUGUGGAACAAGAAGGACAACAACUCCGGCUUUGAUGGCAUCCCCCGUGGCAUGACGGGCUUAGGCACAAAACUCAAAGAGGCAGGGUACGAAACCCACUAUGUUGGCAAAUGGGAUGCUGGCUGGGCAACUCCAGAACACACCCCUCUUGGCCGGGGAUUUGACUCCUUCCUGGGAUUCUUGCAGGCUGAGAAUGACUACUGGUCCAAAGACAGAGGGCCGUUGAAGUACCUUCUGGACAUAUGUCUCAAUAAGUUCAAGGACUUCUCCUUCUACAAUGCCACUUACCGAGGAGGGGUGACCGCACAAAUGUCCACGGAGCUAGGUUGCAACGCCACGCUCAUGAGGGGCAAACCCUUUACCCCGAUGGGCUGUGACAUGGAUAAUCGCAGCGAGUGCCUUCCGGAGACUUGCUAUGAAGAGGCCAUGUUCCUCCAGCAUGCAAAGCGGAUUGUACAGAACCACGACAAAACCAAGCCCUUGUUCUUGACGUUUGCGCAUCACUUGCCACACUCCCCUGUGAGCGUGCCCUGGUCCUACAUGAAGAAGCUGGAGGAGCUGGUGGUGGCGACUGGCGUGCCGCACACAGUGCCCUGGACGACAAAGCGGAAGAUCCACGCUGCAAGCCUUCUUUAUUUGGAUGCAAUGGUCGGAGAUCUCGUCCAGACCUUCCAGGAGCAAGGCAUGUACGAGAACACGCUGCUGGUCUUCCUGUCUGACAACGGCGCUGCAGCGAAUCUGCGUCAGAGCGCCCACAACUACCCGCUGAAAGGGGGGAAGUACGCCGACUGGGAGGGCGGCCUGCGAACCAACGCCUUCAUCUCUGGCGGUUUCGUCCCUCCUGAGCACCGCGGCAAGCAGUUUUCUGGGAUCUUCCACAUCGCCGACUGGUACGCCACCCUUUGCGAUCUGGCAGGCGUCGACCACGUGGACCACAAGUCCGCUGAGGCGAACAAGUACCUGGAGCAGCAGGGCCUCCCAGUUAUGCCACCCGUGGACAGCCGGCCGCAGUGGCGGCACUUGUUGGAUGGCAGCAAUGCGCGGCCGGAUCCGCUCCAGUUGAGUGAGAAGACGGUGCUCAGGUGGCCCUACAAGCUGGUGACGGGCUCUCACAAAGGGAGCUUCUGGCCAGGGCCAGUGUGGCCCAAUUGCAGUACCACCGACCCAGUGGAAGCGAACCUAGAUGCUUUUGGCCGGGAUGAGCCUGUGUUCAACGAGUCAGAGAUGCGCAGGAGAACCUUCGUCGAAGACUGCGGCGCGGGGUGCCUCUUCGACGUGGAUCGCGACCCCCGGGAGCUCACAAACCUUGCAACAGACCCAAACCACUCCGCUCUGCUUGCAGCGAUGCAGGACGAGCUCACGGCCCUCAACGCGAAGAACCUCCAGGC